AUGUUGGUGUCUCUACAUGGCGAUGGUAACGAGGACAUUGAACCUGGACAAGCACCGCAAUCCGUUGGAAAUGAAGUGGAGGAUCUCAGCGUGUUCUCAUCAUCGAAUAUGGUGAUCGGUUGCCGAAUGUUUACGGUGGCAGAUUUAUUCUUGAGGAAUAAAAGUGUGUUUUUAGUUGCAGACUGUGCUUUGUACUUUGUUAUUUGCAUUCUAGUAUUUGCUUUGUUCCGAAAUUAUUUGGGAUUUGCCAGGCUUCGGUUAUGGAUCGCAGAAGGAUUUGUUGAAAAUAAAGAAGGAAAGACCCUUGCUAAGGACUACUUCAGGGAGCUGUUGAAUAGAAGCCUGAUAGAGGUGGCUGCUAAACGAAGUGAUGGAAGGGUGAAGACUUGCCGCAUCCAUCAUUUGCUGCGGGACAUUAUCACUUCAAAGUCAACUGAUCAGGGUUUUGCAGUAACAGCCAAAGAAGAAAAUUGUGGAUGGCCAGACAAAGUCCGUCGCCUGUCAAUACAGAACACCCUGCAAGCUCUGCAAUGGAACUGGUCCUUGUCUCAACUUCGGUCUUUAUAUAUGUUUGGGGUAGAGAAAUCAUUAAUGAAUUCAUUUUUAUCUAGUGAUAUGAAACUGCUCAAUGUUUUGGAUAUGCAAGCAGUUCCUUUAACAAGGUUCCCUGCUCAAGUUGCUGAUUGGUGUUAUCUUAGAUAUCUAAGUUUCAGGUUCACUGAGGUGAGUACAAUUCCAAGUUCCAUUGGGAAGCUUCAAAACUUAGAGACUCUGGACCUUAAACACACAAAUGUCACCGAAUUGCCUGUUGAGAUCUUGAAACUGCGACGACUUCGUCAUCUCCUCGUUUAUCGCUACAAGACUAUAUCGUAUUCAUCCUUCAAAUUUGGCUUUAAGGCCCUUAAGGGAAUUGGGGCUUUGCAUUCCCUUCAAAAGCUCUGCUAUAUAGAGGCAGAUGAGGAGAGUAGCAGCAGUGUGAUGAGAGAGCUUGGAAUGUUGACGCAACUGGAUAGGUUGGCCAUUCUGAAAUUUAGAAAAGAAAAUGGAAGGGAUUUGUGCUUGUCAAUCUCCAAACUAACAAGGCUUCAAGCAAUAUCUGUAGCUUCUGUUAAUGAUGAUGAGAUUAUUGAUCUACAACACCUCUCUAGUCCACCUCCAUUCCUUCAAAGAAUCUACUUGAGAGGACGCUUGGAGGCUCUACCACACUGGCUACCCUCUCUUAGUAGCCUGUUGAAAUUGCACCUGAGGUGCAGUCGCUUAAAGGAUGACCCUCUCGUGUCUCUCCAAAAUCUGCCCAACCUUGUGCAUCUCGAGUUGCUUCAGGUUUACGAAGGAAGCUCAUUGUGCUUUAAAGAAAAAGCCUUUAAGAAGCUAAAGACUCUGGGUCUUGAUCAUUUCGACGAACUCAGGUGUGUAGAAGUGGAAAAGGGAGCAAUGCCUUAUCUUGAGAAGUUUAUCAUUCAGCGUUGCAAGUUACUAGAGAAACUUCCAUCAGGUAUUGAACACCUGACAAAGCUGAAAGUGCUGGAGAUUUUCGAUAUGCCAGAUGAGCUCAUCAAGAAGCUCGUGCAAGGUGGACAAGAUGAUGAUUAUCAGAAAGUUGCGCAUGUUCCAGAAAUAUAUUGUGGCUACUGGAGAGAUGGGGGUUGGGAUGUAGAUCAGUGCAGACAGAUGGUGCCAGCCCCCAAGGCACUAGCAUGA